AUGGCUCGAGAACAACGGCUAGAAGAUCUUAACGAAUCGAGGUAUCAACGUCAACGAGAAGAGAGCCGUCAGGGAGAGUUGGCAACUAGCCAGUAUCAAGACGAACUACUUGUAGCUUAUAUCAAGGAUAUGGCUAAAUAUUUGGAAAAAGGAAAUGGUUCACUCACGUCUAAUAACGUUAUGGCUACUGUUGCUCGAGUUAAAACGCUGAAUAUCUUUCGCCAAUUAGAUCCACAACGCAAUGUUCGCAUUAUUCGAUUUCUCUAUGAAGCUGGACAACUUACUAAAACACAGGAACGUCCCUCACUGGACAUCUCAACAGCCGAACUUCGUGAUAUAGAUUUUCUUCCUCCCUUGCGUGCCAGUUCAACUGCCACUCAUCCCAAUGCUCGAUGGCAACAAGAAGGUCACACCGUGGCUGGAGGAAAUGGACAAGGCAAUGGAAUCAAUCAACUCUCAUGUCCAUUGGAUUUAUUUGUUGAUGAUGAUCAAACGGUCUAUGUCGUUGAUCAAUUGAAUCACCGUAUUGUGGAAUGGAAAUCGAGUGCGGCGAGUGGCCAAGUGGUUGCCGGUGGAAAUGGACAAGGAAGUGGGGCUCAUCAAUUGUCUAACCCAUUAAGUAUGAUUGUGGACAAAGAGACAGAUAAUCUCAUAAUUUGCGAUCGUUCGAAUAGAAGAGUGGUUCGAUGGCCUCGUCAAAAUGGAACAAUUGGAGAAAUAAGCAUCUCCAACAUCAAUUGUAUUGGUUUGACAAUGGAUGAGAAUGGAUCUCUCUAUGCCGUUGACGAGGGAAAACAUGAAGUGAGACGAUAUCGAAGAGGAGAAUCUCAAGGAAUAGUGGUUGCAGGUGACAACGGACGUGGCAAUCGUCUUCAUCAACUCAAUUGGCCAUGUCACGUAUUCGUCAAUCGAGAUCAUUCAGUGUAUGUGUCUGAUUGUGGAAAUCAUCGUGUGAUGAAAUGGGUGGAAGGUGCAAAACAAGGCAUUGUCGUAGCUGGUGGUCAAGGAGAAGGAAAUGAUCUUACACAAUUGUCAUCUCCUCAAGGAGUCGUUGUCGAUCAAUUGGGCACUGUCUAUGUGACUGAUCUUGGGAAUAAUCGAAUCAUGCGUUGGCCCAAAGGAGCCAUACAGGGAACUGUCAUUGUUGGUGGAAACGGUCAAGGAGGACAAUCAAACCAACUCAAUAAGCCCUUCGGUUUGUCAUUCGAUCGACACGGUAAUUUCUAUGUCGCCGACUUCGGAAAUCAUCGAGUACAAAAAUUCAAUAUCGAUUCAAAUGCAUAA